AACGAAACGAUAGCAGCUAUUCAAAAUGCUUAGCGUGGAAGAUAACCAACAUGCGCACUCGCUACCGCCUUUUGCCAAUGCUCAGAAUAAGGCGUUGAGUAAUGAUAUCCGAAAUUUGGAAAGCAGAUUAAGCUCAUUACUCGCAAGUCUUGAUGACAAUGUAUCCAGAACAGAUACAAUGUCCGCUCACAUGAAGAAUGUGCAGCAAGAGCUAGCGCACACGCAGGCAUUGGCUGAUGCAAAAAGUCGACAGAUUGAUACAGAGGAUCACUUCAAACAACUUGCAGAGCGGGAGGCUGGGCGACUAGCAAUAGAAAUCCGGCAAUUGGAUAAAGAGAUUGCGCAAAUUACCGACUACCUCAAUGGAAUCCAAAACAAUAUAUACCGUGGAAAUGAGCGAAUCGAAAGCAUUCGCAGCGAGCUAAAGCUAGAAAAGGACGAGUUGGACGAAUGGUUGCGAGUUCAGGCCGAGAAAGAAGAGGACAACAUUGCUCUAUUGAAGUAUACAAAAGAGGAUGAUAUGAAAGUCAAGGAACUGAGCUUGGGAAUCGAGAAGAUGAUGCACGAAGUUAACAAGAAAAAAGCCAUUUUAAGCGCAGAGGUCACCGAAACACAGGUUGCCCAGAUCGAGCUAGACAAAACAACAGAAGCGUUCAAAAAGCUUCAUCAGGAGCGGCAGGAACUAAUACAGCAGUGGGAGAGCGCGAUCGAAAACAUGCACAAAAGAGACCAAGACAUUAUAAAUGCACAAAAUGAUUAUCAGGCUCUUAAGGAUGAAAUACGGAACAAGCAGAAAAUAAUUGACGAAAAACAGGCGUUCCUGGAUCAGCAGCAUCAAAAUAACGCUGAAACCGAAAAAAGGAUUGGCCUUACCGAGCGGCAAGUCAGCAAGUCAAGGUUGGAACAGCAUCAGGCAAAGGCAAGCCUGGUGCAAUUCCAGGAUGAAGUAGACGUCCUUCGCAAUACAUUAAAUAAAACUGCAACGGAUCUGGUCAACAGGCGAGGGGAGAUUGUGAAUCUCAAAGGAGAUUUACAGGAGAGGCGCGCAAAGUUAGAAAACGAAAAGCAGAACCGUGAGGAUAUGAAAGCGAAGCUUGUCAUGGUCACUGACAAGACAAUGUCACUGGAGGCGAAGGCACAGGAGCUUCAAGAGAUACUGAAGCAAGAGGAGCUCCGAAGCAAAGAACUUGAUCGGGAGCUUAAAAUGUUGCGGGAAUCACAAUUCAAACGGAACCAAGAAGUAUUCCGGCUGAAGCAAGAGGAAAAAAAUCUCAGCGCAGAAAUUGCUGGCGGAGAAGCUGCCUUACGCAACUUGAAGAGUAAAAUCCACAGCCUUGAUCAGGAAGCCUUGAAGCAACAAGCCCUUCUGUAUGCACAGGAAUUCCAAAUUCAGCAGUUGGAGCGAAAGUUGAGGCGCGCUCAGGGGGAGCGAACAGACGAGGAAAAAGAAGUUCUUAUGAAACGCAUCGACGACCUUAACCAACAAUUGGGGGCUGCUACACUGAAGUGGAAUUUAUUGAACGCCCAGUUAAAGAAGUCGCAAGAUGACGUGCGGGCCUCGCAAAGGAACCUUGAGACAUUAGAGAAAGAGAAAAUGAAUGUGAAAGAAAACAUCGAUGAGCUCAACCUGUAUAAUGAAAGCGCCUCAAAGCAGCUAGCGGGUAAAAUUCGCGAAAAAGAGGAUUUAAUGGUUGAGGAAAACAUCCUUCGGCUGGAGCUUCGAAAGCUUCGUGGGUUUUUGAACGCACGUGCCGAUCAAGUCUUUACCCUGGGAACUCGUCAAGUACAUCUCCAGCUGGCACUGGAGGAGCGCACAAAGGAAAUCUCCAUUCACAAAGAUAUGCUGAAACUGGCGCUAAAGAAUGCCGAGGAAGAAAGACAUUCAGCUGCUGCAGAGCUUCGUGACAGAGUCUCAAAGGUGGAGAAACUUAAAAGGCGGUAUGAGAUCGUGAUGACCCACUUUGGGUCGAGCGAAGACGGAGACGGGGAAGAAGAGCACUCCCAGGCGUACUAUGUCAUCAAAGCAGCGCAACAUCGGGAGGAACUACAACGGGAGGGUGACGAGCUAGAUGCUAGAAUCAGAAAAGCGGAAAAGGAAAUCAAAGCGCUUGAGAAUACCCUCAAAAUGAUGAAUGACCGGAAUGAAGAGUAUAGAAUGAAUUUAUACAAAGCAGAACAGAACAGCAAAGAUAUCCAGCACCGCGAGAUGUUAGAGCAGCAAUACCGCCACACUAUGGAACGCUACAAAGAGAAGCGAGAUGAAAUCCAAUCCCUUCAAACAGCCUUACUGAACUCCGAGAAGACACUAUCGACGCUUACAAACGCCGAAUCAUCACGGCUCCAAACAAUAUCUCUCCUAGAGCAGAAAUUCAAUGCGCUGCAGAAGGACGUUGCAGAACAACAAGCUAAACGGGAGCGGGCAGUCAAAACAGUGCAGAGAAGCGCAAAGGAAGUAGGAACGAAGGCUGACGAGGUCGAGUUGGAUUUUAAAGUUCGAGAGUUGAAAGAAUUAGGAAACCUGGCCAUCGAAGCUAUUGGGAAAGUUGUGGAAAGGAGACCAGAAAUUGGCGAAAGGGUCAAUCAACUCUUGGCAGAGAACGGGGUGCAACCACCGUCACGACCGAUCUCUCGUAUUCCCUCCCGUGCGUCCUCUCGCGCAUCCAUUACAUCGGAUGCUCCCUCCGAAGCCUCCAAUACAUCCCGAAGAAGUGUUAUUGGACGGCACACAUCUCCGCGAGCUUCGCAGUCUCUUCGAUCAUCUAGUGGUAGAGUUACUCCAACCAGAGUGUCGACGACCAAUCUGAAUGCAACAAUAACGUUACCAACUGUUGCUGCACAGCAGCAUUUGACUACCAGCCCCAUUCCAAGGGCACCCAUUACAGGAGCGGGAAGGAUUCGUGCUCCAGCCCGACCGGGGUCUGCAAGUAGCGUUGCCUCAUCUAGACGCUCCAGUGCAAACUCUACGGCAGAAAGAUAGAUAAUGGCUAAUUGCGUGGUGUAUAAAUUGGUAUUGUGCGUCUUCAAAGUAUGCUGUAAAAAUUGUAAAAUGAAAGACUCGGACAGUGGUUACACUUCACCGUCCAACUUGAAUUGAAGAUUAAGAAAGAUA